AUGUUAAUGUUCACUACCACCGAUCUCGUUGCGAUCUGGACCAAGGUGCCAACAGACAAAGGCGAGCACGAGGUAAUCAUUACCUCUGCCUACCUUCCAGGAGAUGAGGAAACUGGUCCAACAAGGGAACUUGUAGCCCUAGUCAACUACUGCAAGGAGAACCACCUACGCUGGAUAAUAGGAUCCGAUGCGAAUGCCCAUCGUACGAUAUGGGGCAGCACAAACAUCAACGUGAGAGAAAAGUAUCAGCUAGAUAUUUUCAUUCCAACAGUGUUAAAUUCACCAUUAACACUACAUGGAGAAGAAGAUCAGAAAUCAGUUGAAACAAAUUUAGAUUCAGAUCCUGAAUCAAACGAAGAAACUGAUAUAAAAGAAAACGACCUAAAAGAUCUUACAAUUCCUGCACAAAUCACUUUAUCUGAAGAAGAUAAUGAGAUAGAACAGGAAGAAGGAUUGAAUUCUAGCACAAGCUCAGUAGACACAAAAGAAAACAUCAUGACGGAUAAUUCAAUGGACAGAAAAUACAUCUUCAAAAAAUUGGUAACAGCUUUGAAGUUAAUAAAUCUGACAAAAGGCACAUUCGAAGAAAUAGCUGUUGAGGUCAUUAAGUCAAAAAUUGUUGGCUCAACUCUAUACAAAGUCCAAAAUGAAACGACAAUUAAUGCAAUAAUCAAAAAAUUGCAAGAUACUAUAGUUGGUGAAACAUCCGACGUAGUAAAAGCCAAAUUGUCUAAAACAAUGCAAAAAGGGAAAACUGCCGAAAAAUUCACGACAGAAAUUGACAAUUUACGAAAGCUUUUGGAAGCUUCGUAUAUUGACGAAGGCCUAUCAGCCGAACAUGCUGACAAAUUCAGCACUAAAGAAGCCAUUAACGCAAUGGUUAAAAAUUGUGAACACGGAAAGUUAAAAACAAUCCUCGAGGCAGGCAAUUUCAAAACAAUGGAUGAAGCCGUCACAAAGUAUAUACAAUGUAGUACCGAAAUGACAGGCAAUCCCAAUUCAAUAUUGCUCGCCCAAAGGGGCCGUGGUAAUUAUAACAACAGGAAUAAUUAUCGCGGUAGAGGCAAUGGUAGAGGCAAUGGUCGAGGUUAUUAUAAUAAUAAUAAUUAUAAUAACAACAACCGCAAUAAUGGCCAGAAUAAUAAUUACCAAUAUAAUAAUUAUAGAGGUAAUAAUAGAGGAAACAACAGAGGAAACCAUAGAGGAAAUAACCACCAAAAUGGAGGUUAUAACCAAAACAGUAACAAUAAUGUAAGGGUGACCCAAAACGCUUCGGGAAACUCCCAACAGCCUUUAGAUACUCAGCAGUAA